UUAUGAAUAGGAGAUAACAAAGUUCUUGUGACACUCUCACUGAUGUGCACCUUUUUUCUGUUCACUACUCUAGGACGAGGAUCGUUUUAUUGAUUUUGCUCCAGAGCUGACUGGGCCUCGUUUGCCAAAGGUGGUGCCGGCGGGGUGUCCAACACAGGAGUAAAACUGUUCCUACAGCAGAGUAAUGAUGGUAGAUCUGAAGGUGGCUGACUGUUUGAGCCCUCAGAUCAGGGCUCUGUGGGAAUGCAAGGGACCUGAGAUAGAGAGUUCCAGUCACAUUAAGAAGUACACCCCACAAACAGACAGGCUCAGUCCAGAAAGCUGGCGCGAGCACUUCCGGAACUUCCACUAUCAUGACGCCCCCGGACCUCGUGAAGUGGUUGGCCAGCUUCAGGAAUUUUGCCGUCAGUGGCUGAGGCCUGAGAUCCACUCAAAAGAGCAGAUCCUGGAACUGCUUGUGCUAGAACAGUUUGUGACCAUUCUGCCCACGGACACCCAGAGUCGGAUAAGGAAGGACCAUCUACAAAGCAUUGAGGAGGCCGUGACCCUGGUAGAACACUUGGAGAGGGAAUCUGGUCAAACGAGGAAUAGGGUUGCCAUACAAGAGCUGGGAAAGGAGGCAGUGCUCUUGAGAGAAACAGCAGAGUCCCAGCCAGUGGGCCUGGCCCAGGAUGAAGAAUUCUGGAAUACAUACCAAGGUUUGCAAGAACAUCUGAGCGGGAAUACUCAUAAAGAAUCUGAGCCUGUAUGUGAGAGGGCUGUGCCUGUUCACCAGAUCUUAGCCCUUUCUGAGAAGACAAACACCAAAGACUGGACAGUGGCACCUGAGCUCGUCUUGCCUGAGUCCCAGGUGAGCUGUGCAGUCCAGCCCUUGAGGGCUGCCUUUCCCCGGGCCCAUGACCCACACCGCCCAGCUCACAGGCGUGUUAGCCCCAGCGUUCUCCCUGUGAAAAUGAGCACCUCCGAGUCUGUUGCUGAUCUGUUGCCCUUUUUCUUUUCACCCUCUCACUUUAAAAAA